AUUUUUAUUUUUUGGAUUGAAAAUGAAAAACUUUAGAAAUAUAUAAUUAUUUCGGUUUCGUAACUGCUUAAAUUGAAAAUGCAUAAAUCUGGCUCGACCAAAAUUCUCCGUUAAUAAGAACAACAGCUCAAAGGAAUAAGAACAUAAAUAAAGAAGCAGAUAUAUUUUCCACACCAGCAAAAUGGACAAUAAUCCCGAAUUAGGAGAAAACGGUGAGAGUAUUAUAUUGGAUCGGCAGGAAAAUUUUUCUAUUGAGCAGGAUGAAGAUCAGCUAAUUACACACAAGCAGACUAUAGUUGUUGAAAAAUUCCGGUAUUCGAAGGACAACGAAAACGGUGGCAAUAAAGAUACAAACUUGCAUGAAAGGACGAGCGUACCACCGAACGUAAGUUGUACAUCAAGCUUAAGUGCGAAUAUACAUAAAUUGGAGAACGCGGAAAUUCAACUCAGUAAAUUAGCGAAUGAAGUAUCUAGCGAAAUACAGAGGGUACGCGAUCUUCGAAACUGUUUACUGAACGCUAAAAAUGAAAAUGAGAAAAACAGUAAAUAUUUCGUAGUAGAUAAUGAUAAGACAUGGGAUCAAAAUUUAAUACCUAAACCCUAUAAUGAUCAACCGACAAAUGAGCCGCGAAACAUGCUAUACGCAAAAAGGGGGCAAUUAUAUGACAAAUCAAGUAAUGAUACAAAUUCGCCUGUUUACGCUCAAGCCGUCUAUAGUGAUUCCAGAAAUACCCAGUCUAGGUCAUCACGUAAUGAACCUGUUAGAGAGAAUGUUUUUACCCCAAAUGGCAACAGUGAUCGUAAAUCUGAUGCUAGAUAUUCGCAGCGUCGACAUUCAAGUUAUGAUAAAAACGACUUGCAUGAAUAUCGAAAGUCUGAUCAAGGACAUGAUUAUAGUGAAGAACUCACAAAAUCACAAAAUUUUAAUAGAAAUGGUAGAUCCAGCGGGAAAAAUGGAAAACAAAGAAAUUCACAGAAAAGGUAUAGUAGAUAUUCAAGAGAUACUGAUUCGUACGAAACAAAUAAAUAUAAUAAUGCGAAAAGUCAUCCAUCAAAGACAGAGGACAGUGAUUCUCGUCCACUCACAGCAAGUAUUGAAGCAAACAAUACGAAAACAAAACAAAAACAAAUCGACGGAAGAAAUUCAACGAAAAAUGAAGAACCUAGAAAUAACCAAAGGCUUUCGGCGUCCGAAUAUAGAAAACGAGAAAGUAGCUCCGAUUUCAAUCGAAGUAGUAUUUGCGAUUGUAAGUGUGUUCCACAUAUGUGCAGAAUACUAACACCCUGUAUGGAAUACAACUGUUACUGUAAUAAGUAUGAAUAUGAGUACCCUUUGCAAGCAGUGCAACCUUAUAAUAAUUUUUGUAACGGAUAUUGCACCAACUGCGGCUGUUGUUGUGCUGGUGGUUUAUGUGAGGAACUACUAAUUGACGCUGAAGCAAUAAAUAUCCAAUCAAUUGCUGAGGGCGACUACGACUUGAUUGAAAAUAAAAUUGAUCAUCAUAAAGAACUUUCAAAAUACGCUAGCGUUGAUUCUAACAAUUCAGGCAAAAAUUCGUCUAGUGAGGAAUUGCUUGAAUCCCCUAUGAAUCAAUUGUCAUACAGCAAACAUAUACAAAAAGAAGAUCUACAAGAAGUAAAUAACAAAAGUGACUUUAAUAAGAAUCCUAAUGAAUUGAAAAAUUACUGUUGUUAUCAUUUUUGUUGUUGUAACAGUUCCGGAAGAAAUGAACCAAAAACAACUAGCCAUGAGCAAAAACUCCAAAAUAUGGAAAAAAAUUCUUCCAAUGUUGUCCAACCAAUUACAACUAAAUCUCCUUCCAAAUCAGUUGAAACUAAAUCUAUUUCUAAAGAAAAAAGAAAUAGAAAAAAAUCGGAAUCGACUGCACCUAGUAGAAAGUCGCUUCGUAAUUCCGUAAAUCGUCGUAAUUCUUCCCAAAAAGAUCGAAAAGAAAAAAAAACAGCAAAAAAUAACACACCAUCUAAACAUGAAGAACCUAGUUCAUCUACAAAGAAAAAGGUGACAAAAUCUAGAGAUAACAGUUUCGCUGGUAAUGAAAAGAAUGAGAAUAAUGAAAAUAAAAAUGUGUCCAAAAAGAUAGAAGCUCAGAAACAUAAACUAAAAAAAGGAGAAAAAUUCAUUGAUGAUAAAAAGAAAUUAACGUCGAAAAUUGCUGGAGAAUCUAAAAGCCGAAAAGACCAAUCCCAAAAAAUCGAGCUUGUGCAAAAUUGCUGCGAGCAUUGCUGCUGUUGUUGUCAGAGAGUACGCAAUUCAGCAAAUGAAAAUUUGAAAUCUAUCUCCAAAAAUAAAAAAGAAAUUGCUCAAAGUCAGUCUGAAGAUUAUACAGAUUCGGAGAAUAAUAAUGACAUCGUUAUUAACUAUGAAAACAUACCUGAAGCUCCAACGCGAACCAGAAGAAACGGUAAAGAAAGGAGAAAAGAAGAAGACAUAAGUGAAACUAUUUACGAAAACAUAGCUGAAGCUCCAAUGCGAUCCAGAAGAAACGGUAAAGAAAGGAGAAAAGAAGAAGAUAUAAGUGAAACUAUUUACGAAAACAUACCUGAAGCUUCAACGCGAACCAGAAGAAACGGUAAAGAAAGGAGAAGAGAUGAAGACGUAAGUGAAACUAAUUAUGAAAACAUAGCUGAAACUUCAGCGCGAUCUAGAAGAAAAACUAAAGAAAAGAGAAGAGAAAAUGAUAUUAGUGAAACUAAUUACGAAAACAUAGAUGAAACGUCAACACGAUCAAAAAGAAAAUCUAAAGAAAAAAAGAAAGAAGAAUACAUAAGUGAAGCAAAAAGUGAUAGUAAUUAUUCAAAUCAGACGCAAAAUAAAAAAAACCGCCAAUCAAGUGAACAAGAAUGUCAAAGCCAAUGUUCAACAAGCUCACUUGUUGAAAGUUUGGAAAAUGAAGAGGUCAAUUAUAUAGCAACUCACUUAAGAAGUAUUUGUUGCCACUGCAAUUUUAAUAACGACAAACAAAUGUACAACACAAACUUUGCUAAAAACAAAUUAAUAGAACCAAAUGCAAGUCAACAAAAAAAUGAAGCAUCUAAUAGGAUAACUAACAAAAGCAACGAAUCUACAGUUAGUAAUACACCCAUAAAUCAAAAUAGUACCGAUAGAAAUAUUGAAAGAACCAGCAACAAUUUAACCGCAUAUACCGCUCCAAAAAUAGAUGGUUUCCUUAAGACACAGCAAACGGCAUCCAUGCCAUAUCAAAAUAUUAGUUCAUCUAAUUCAGAUAAGGUGGCAACAUAUACAAAUAACCAGUUGGUUCCAGUUUGUUGUCCUUGUUGUCAUUGCCGUUCGAAUAAUAGUCAAAAUAUAAGAUCAAGCAAUAUUCAGAAUCAAAACCGUCACAGAUCUAAGGGAGGAAAUGAACCACGCAAAAGAAAUAAUGUAUAUGAAGCCAACCGUAUUAGCGUUAAACCGUUAAGAGGCAAUGGCAACUCAUAUAAUGCACGAAACUACAACAAACAUAUUUUGGAUAAAGGAUAUGCCAAAACAAAUGAUGAUGAUGAUGCCUCACGGCGGAAACAGUUCUCUAUUAAAAAGUAUAAGUUAAAAAACGAAAAAACUUUAUUGAGAAGCCCUAAGACACCUGUUGAAAGUAAACACAAUACGAAUUAUAUUAGAGACAGCAGUUUUGACUCGGACUUCUUGCUCGAAAGCCUGAAUACGUUCAAAAAAAUGCGAUGCAAGCCCUAUAGGAGCUGAACCGGCUUCAAAAAUAAAAAUUGCUUUUUCUAAUUCACAGA